UUAAUGAUAUUCGAAUUCAAGUAAUCCGGAAACGAACGAAAGUGAAUGAAAUCAAUUUGCGCGCGCGCAAGAAGGCUUUUGUCCGUUUGACGCACAUCAUAGCGCCGUCAAGCAAAAGGUGUUCGCGCUUCUGGUUGGAGCAAGCUAGAUUUCUUAAGAAUUAGAAGCCAUUUGAAAGAUAUCUGGCCCAAUUAACGAAUUGCACAAUGCAGUACAAUGUAUAUUCAACGAAUAACAUGAACAGGUCGAGACCAGAACGUAAUGAUCAUCACUAUGGCAAACAGUCAAAUUAUUGGUGUGGCCCAUCACAGCACAGUAUUGCCCCAGUUCAGGAUUUUGGAGGUCCAAAUUCACAAAUGAUCAAUAAGAAGUAUAAGUCACAAGAUGAACAAUUACUUACACAGCCGGACUGGACACAAACAGAAUUGAAACCAUUCAGAAAAAAUUUUUACAUCUUACACCAAAAUGCUAAAAACAGAACCCCAGAAGAUAUCAAUCAGUACAGGGACACUAAUGAUAUAAUAGUAAGAGGAAAUUCUGUCCCACAGCCUAAUUUUUGUUUCGAGGAAGGAAGUUUUCCAGAUUACUUGAUGAAUAGCAUUAUGAAACUAGGGUUUGCAGAACCUACACCAAUCCAGGCCCAAGGCUGGCCUGUUGCUUUGUCUGGUCGAGAUCUCGUUGGUAUAGCUCAAACUGGGUCAGGAAAAACAUUGGCUUACAUGCUGCCAGCUACAGUACACAUAAAUCACCAACAACGCCCUCAGAGGGGAGAAGGCCCCAUCGCCUUAAUUCUAGCUCCAACCAGAGAAUUGGCGCAACAGAUUCAAAAGGUUGCACAUGAAUUUGGUUCGUCCACCAUGAUUAGGAACACCUGUAUCUUCGGUGGUUCACCUAAAGGACCUCAGGCAAGAGAUUUGGAAAGAGGGGUAGAAAUAGUUAUUGCAACUCCCGGCAGAUUGAUUGAUUUUCUAGAAAAAGGAACCACCAACCUUGCAAGAUGCACAUAUUUGGUUUUGGAUGAAGCAGACCGCAUGUUGGACAUGGGUUUUGAACCUCAAAUCCGAAAAAUUAUUCAACAGGUCAGGCCUGACAGACAAGUGCUAAUGUGGUCCGCUACAUGGCCGAAACAAGUCCAGGCUUUAGCUGAAGAAUUCUUGGUGGACUAUAUUCAGGUUAAUAUUGGAGGUCUAGCUUUAUCAGCAAAUCACAACAUCAAACAAAUCGUGGAAGUUUGUGAAGAAAGUGAAAAGGAGGAAAAACUUCUCAAGUUAUUGAAGGAAAUAGGAUCAGACCGAUUGAACAAAAUCAUCGUGUUUGUGGAAACUAAGAAAAAAGUUGACGACAUAACAAAAGCCAUCAGACGUGAAGGCUACUCCGCUAUUUCAAUACAUGGGGAUAAGUCACAACCGGAAAGAGACUUUGUUUUGAACGAAUUCAGGAGUGGAAAGUCCUGGAUUUUGGUCGCAACAGAUGUAGCUGCUCGAGGUCUUGAUGUGGAUGACGUCAAAUAUGUAAUUAAUUAUGAUUAUCCAAACUCUAGCGAAGACUACGUCCAUAGGAUUGGAAGAACAGGAAGAUGUCAACAAACUGGAACAGCAUAUGCUUUCUUCACAUCGGCCAACGCCCGCCAAAGUAAAGACCUUAUUGCAGUAUUGAAGGAAGCCGGCCAACACAUCAGCCCAGAACUAGCUGAACUUGCACAAAAUUCUCGCGUUGGUCAAAACAACAAGAAUCGUUGGCAAAAUAGAAACAGGGACAAUUCUUCACCUAACUCUAGCAAUUCUGGCGGACGUGUGAAGACAUGGACCAACAAGAAUUUCAAUAGCAAUGCCGUAGAUUUCAAACAGAAUAAUCAGAAGAUGAUGAUGAAUGGCAUGAGGAACGAUCAGGGGGCUAGAAAUCAGAGGAACUACAGCAAUUCAUUUGCCUAUCAGAAUACUUACAACAAUCAAGGUUAUCAAAAUUCAUAUAGUCCUCCAAGCCAAGUGUUCCAACCUCAACAGCAAAGUGCAAGUGGACCUCGUAACAAUUAUGGUGGUGGUAAUAGCCGAUAUAAUAAUCCACAAAGAUAUGGAAGACAGAACUUCAACCAGUCCGGAAAUCCAAACAUGUAUCAAAUGGCGGCACAACCCUACAUGAUGCAACAAACUGGCGGACCUGAUCCGAUGCAGUCCAUAAUGAACCACAAGUUCUUCCAGAGCAACAGAAUACCAAGUGCGAGUAACCCUUGCGCGUACCAAUCUAUCAGUCAAGGUCAAAGCACUCCCUACAAUCAAUAUCCAGGAGCAGUACAAUAUGCGUAUCAGUUUACUCAGCCUACUGCUGCAGUACAACAAUAAGUGUAGGUAUAAAAACAUGACACGUUAUGUCUACUCUGCUCUUUAUCUUCAGUGUGGUUUUUUGAUGUAGCAUGUAGUUCAGAGUAUAUUAAUGUUUCAAAUUAUUAUUAUCAACUAUUAUUCUCCAAUAAGAUAUUUUCUUGACAAUUAAUUAAUCUGCUCAAAAAAUAAUAGAAGGGAUUCCAAUAACAAGAAAUCUUUGAGUGAAUAUUUCGAAGCAAGGUGGAGGAAAACCAUUUUUACUUCUUCCAAAUCAACUUUUUCUAACAAAAUUGCAUCUGAAGAAUUUCCCUAACUAGACAUAUUUGGAUGUUUGAUGUAUAUUUACAUAGUGCAACUUGAACAAAAAAAUUACUUUCACACCAUUUAAGGUGAUUUUCAUAAUGCAUGGUAAACUGGUCCUUAAAUUAAUCUUGGGGCCACAGGUUAUUAUGAAGCUGUUAAAAAUUAUGUGAGUAUAACAUACUACUACUGAAUUAUUAUCUGUAAAUUAUGAAAUAACUGUUAUUUUUAUCCACCAGUAUUCUACAAAUUAUAUUAAUGAAUGUAUGUUCUUCCUUCUUGAGAAAACUGUAAUUUAAGUGAAACAGUAACUAUCUCUGUAUGCUGAUGAAAUGCACGAAACAUAUAGAAGGGGAGUUCGGACGUAUUUGUUAGUAGUUUGCAUACGUAUUACACUCCAGGCAGUGUGAAACCAGAAUUACAUGGUGGACAUUGGAACGAUAUAAACUAUGCAGAAAGAUUUUUUUCUCUGCUCUCAUUUGUAACUUCUCAUGUUCUUCUCUAUAUUUUUCCUAUGGAAAUACUUAAUUGAAUAUUUCAAAGAUCAUACCACCACAAAACUUAUUCAUUCGGUUGAAUAUCAAACUUAUAAUAAUGUUAAAUAUGAUUGACACUUUUUUUGACGUGAUUUCGCUAAGUUACAAUCACUCAUUUUUACAACAGAAAUAUAAGUGAUCCUCAGAUUGUAGGUCGCUAAAAUUGAUCCGAUGAAAAAAAAUUUUUACUUGAAACAAUUUGAAUGAAAUUUUUAGUAUGUCGGUAAUCUGAUUUUGAACAUGGAAGUUACAUCUUUAUUUGACGGGGCUCUCGUUACACUGCUAGCAUUUGAAAUACUUCUGCUAACUAGUCAUUUAUAUAAAAAUCGAAUUUUUAAUUCAAAGUUGAAAUAGUUUGUUAUUUUAUACUUUAGUUAUUUAUUUUUAUUUGUUCUUUAGAUGACUUUAUGGUUGAAGUCUGAAAACGACCAAAAUUCUGUUGAUUUAUUCCUACUGAGUGCAGUAUUGGAGAAAGAAAUAUUUUUUUCUGCUGUGUAGAACCUUGAAAUUUUUAUGCGUGAAAAAUUAGCCUCUUAUCAUGAAAUAUUUCAUGUUGAUUUCAAAUUACUGUGAUAAAAUAGAGAUCAUUUAUUCCAAGGGAACUCAUUGUUAAAGAUUGAAGUCGCGUUAUUCAUUUUCUGCUUGAAGUUCCUAGUCAAGCUUUGUGAUAUUGAAAAUUUUCAUCGAUAUAUAUUUCCGUACUUAUCAAAAGAUUUCAAAUUGGAAAAGGUUGGAAUAACGUGAUAUUUUAGUAUGAUCAUUAGUUACCUUUUUAUUUUUCGAUACUAAUGAUCUAAACAAGGCAUUUUUGAUAGACUAUUAAGUAUUUACGGGAUUGCAGUAAAGAGCCCUGGUUUCGUUACACUGUUGCAAUAAUUCUUAUGAAAAAUUCUUGAAGAUAAGAAUCUGAAUAUGUCAUAAAGUGAGGUCGUCAUAUUGUUUUAAUAGCAUUUGUUUGUCACAAGUACAUUGCUUGAGUGGAUGAGUGACUCGAGCGUGGUGUACAUAUUGUAGUAUUAAGUAUUAACUCGUUCGUCGUUUAAGCGUGGUGCUCUGUAGCUCACGUACAUCUGUGAUAUUAGCGAAUAAAGGUAGCAAACAGAAUAAUCAUAACUUUCCUCCGUGUCUAUGAGUACGCCAAGAAAUGUACAACAUGUCGGUUCUGUGAGUGAUUUUCAGAAUCUUAGUUUCAUUUCAACAUUCCAAUUAAUGUGUAUAUUUAUUUUCAAACUUGUUUUUUUUUUAUAAAAUCACCUUUACAAAGAAACAAUUAUACAUGUCUCAAUAUAGUAUUUAAUUUUCGUCUUUGAUUAUAGUUCAAUCUCACAAGAAUGUAGACAGUUUGUACAUUGUAUUACAUUGGUUAAAUGUGAUAUAUUUUCUAUAUAGUUAUAUAUUGUAAGACUGAAAUAACUAUAUUUUUUUUAAAGAGGUUUUUACAAAUAGGACAUGUGGAAACCUUAAACAAGGAUUUCUAAUUUUGUUUUCGUUUUGAAAAGAGGAGUAGCGUAACUCUUUGAUCGGACUGAGUGCAUUUUCUGCACAAAAGUUAUCAAAUUAUUCUAUGAUGUUAUCAUUCGCGCCAUUGCAUCUCAACGAUUAACGAUUUUAAAAAUAUUUAAUAUUUUUCGAAAUUUGUUCUUUUCAAUUCAGAGGUAAUUGGUAAAUAUAAUAAAACUGCCCAGUGUUUUUAAAACCUCACAGGAAUGAUGAGUCUUAUUUAUUUGUUAUUUAGUUGAACUGAAUUAUCGAAAUGGCCUUCUAAGAAGUCAUCUUAAAUGAAAUAAUCACUUCUAUACUCUUCUGUAAGUUUCCAGCAAGUGCAUUUCUUGUAUGUAAUACAGUAUUAUAAUAGUUGUGUAAUGAUUCUCAUUGGUUUGCAAUUUAUUAUUCUUUUAGUGUUUAUUUUCUAAUUUUUUUCUGUGGAUGUAUAAGAAUAUCCAUAACCAAUAAAUGUUGAAAAUUUA